GGACAGACACAGUCAGCGAGCCAGCCAUGAUGGAGUUUGUUCACGUAGCCGUUGCCGUGUUCAGUCUGCUGUCUCUUGGACAGUCAGACCCUGUGACCAACUGUGAUAGUUUAACUAAACCUUUUCAAGUCAAUGGGACAGAUCCGCCCAAAACCCGGAUUGUCUUCCAGUUCCUUGGAAGAUGGAAUUACGUGGCAUGGAGCAUUGACGCGCCCUCAGAUUCACUUUGGAAAACAGUUUUGAGGAAAAGUUGGUUGAAUAUCAAGGCUGCUCCUGAAAAUGAUCAGCUCAUUGCAUCUCAAUACAAUGAAAUGUUCAACCGUGGCUUGACAUUGCUUGCCAACCUAACUGUACAAGAAAACAGAUUCUCUGAUAAAAAUGGGCUCGUUGCUGGCUCACUUCUGACUACAGGCUGCCCAGACUGCAUGCUCCAAUACUUAAACUUCACUUUUGGACCAAGGUCAUACAGGAGCCUGGAUCUUCUAAGUAGGAGAACCAUGGUCACAGAUGCUGAGCUGGAGGAGUAUAAGAAGCAGGUCCAGUGUCUGAAUUUACCACCACCUUCAAUCCGGGGUUCCAGAAAAGAAAUUCACUUUGUUCGAUCAACCCUGGACUAGGAAGAUCUCAGCAAUAUGGAGAAAACUAUCAUGGACUUCCUUGGCAGUGUUGAUAAGCUGGAUGACUUAUUGUCAAGUGUUCAAAGGAAAUAACAUGUUCAGCGAUAUCUCCUAUACUUCUGGACCUGACGCAAUGGAAAAUCAGCAUAUCAAGAAGACGGUUUUGUGGAAAAUGAGUUUUGCAAUAUAAUAAAUAUGUUGAACGACAAAGAA